AUGGCUCCCCUCGUUCGAGCCCUCGCUGCUCUCGCAGCUGCUACCCUCUUUACCCAGGUCACCGCGACCACCGUCGAGCUGCCGCCUUGCCUUGAUGCUUUCAAGCCCUUCACCUAUUCUGGCUGCUUCAAAGAGAAGGGUACCCAAGGCGAGCAAGCCCUCGACUUCCGCUCUUCUACCGACCAGAACACCAACACCGUCGAGAAGUGUAUCGCUGAUUGCAAGGGCAACAGCUACCGCUAUGCCGGUCUCACCUACUAUGGUGUCUGCUACUGCAGUCAGACUGUCAACAGCGAGAUUCUUCCUGAGACCAGCUGCAACUUGCCUUGCAAUGCCAACAACACGGAGACCUGUGGCGGCGACGGUGCUUUCUCCGUCUGGCAAGAUCCUACGUUCCCUUCUUCCACCGGCGUCACCGUCAACGACUUCGAGUCCCUCGGCUGCUACACCGAUGACACCAAUCAUGGCCGCACCAUUGCUGAGCGCCAGGAUCAGGUCGCGUCCGAUACCAUGACCCCCUCGAUCUGCUUGAAGGCCUGCGCCGACGACGGGUACCCGUUUGCCGGUGUUGAGUUCGGUGGCGAGUGUUACUGCGGUGUGGUCAUGGGCAACUACACCCAGCCCGCUUCCAAGGACCAGUGCAACACCCCCUGCAAUGGAGACAACACCAAGAACUGCGGUGGCGCCGGAUUCGUCGAGAUAUUUGUCGCCAGCAAGCUCAAGUCUCUUGAGCCCUGCGGCUACGUUCCCCCCGUGAUCUCGGUCUCUUCUUCCACACCUUCCGUCAGCAUCCCCUCCGUCAGCAUCCCAUCCAUCAGCAGCGCUCCCCCCACCACUUCCAACAUCGUCUCUACGACUGUUUCCACUCAGGCUCCCGCUAUCUCGACCACUAAGCCCAGCUCCACGACUGUCUCUACCCAGGCUCCUCCUUCGACCACGACUCGGCCUAUCACCACCACCUCCAAGCCUUCCACGACCUCCACCGCUCCUCAGAUCUGCACCACCACCAUCGUGACCCCCGCCACUUGCGAGUACGGCUGCGGCAACUGGUGCAACAAGAACCUCCCUGACUUCGAUGACGCUGACAGCUGCACCAAGGCACACAACAGCUGCAAGCUCCAGGUCAGCGCCUGCUUGAGUGCUGGAUGGCCCGGCUCUGCCGGCUGCAUGGAUUUCAAGGCCUGGUGCAGCGACAUCAGCAGCUACUGCUCCAGCAGCUGCAAGGGCAAGGGAUCCUGCUCCAAGAAGGACUGCUUCAGCAAGAAGGUCCCCAAGGGCUACAAGCCUGGCACCACCUCCGUGUCCACCUUCGCCUGCCCUUCCAAGCCUACCUCAACCUCGACCCCGGUCACCACCAUCGUCCCGCCUCCUCCUACCGGUGUCUGCAAGCAGCCCACCAGCUGGUGGUUCGGCUACGGACCCGGCAACCCCGUCGGUGGCAUCGAGAUCCCCAUCGUCACCUGCAACGACAUCGCCGAUGACUUCAAGGCCGGCAACCAGUUCAAACUCUACACCAAGUCCGACUCCCGCACCUGCAAAUCCUUCGGACGCAACAACAUUCCCAACGCUUGCCAGGAGGCCUGCAAGGAGCAGUACGAUGAGUGCCAGAACACUUACGCCCAGGGCUGCAAGACCUACAACAACCGUCGUGGCCGCCGCGAUGAUGCUGCUGUCUACGCCCGCGCUCCCGAGUUUGCCAAGCGCUGGUUCUUCUCCGACACUUACAGUGUCGCCAUCAACAAGUGCAAGAUCCAGUACACUGACUGCCUUUCCGAGAACGCCAACUCGUACGCUGCCAACAAGUGCGGUGCCUUCGGCACCGGCUACUAA